AUGGGUCACGUGGCGCAAUCCAUGGCUUCCGGUGGUCAUCCUGAGGGCGCCGCGCUGGUCACCAGACAUGACCAGCUGGCUGGCAGUCUGGCUAGGCUGCAGAGACUGGCAGCGAGCAGGCAGGCCGCGCUCGUGGAGAGUGUGUGCAGACUUGAAUAUGAGAGCGCUGAGAGCGCUGAGAGCGCUGAGUUGGAGGAAUGGGUUGCGGAGCAGCAAGCAGCCGCCUCCAGUGAAGACUACGGACAGGACUAUGAACACUUACUGGGCCGCGCGCCAGGUGGCGUUGGAGCAGCUGAUCGACUGGCACUGCUUCCUGAGAGACGCCAAGCAGAUGCAUGCUCUGUGUGCGAAGCAGGAGGCAGCACUCGGUUAGUUAUAUACGGCUCACGAGAUAAGGGAGCGAAUACAAACAUAUAG